CUUCUUUGUCUGAGCAAAUAGGAAGUAACCAGGGAUGUGUCAAUGUUAGCUUAACUGGCUUGACGAAAAACUGCUUUUUGUGAGAAAUAUGUGUUACUUUUGUAAUGAAUAAUCUUUCAGACUCUGUAUUUUAUAUUUUCGGGUGGAUUUCGUGUUUGCUUCUUUGUUUUGAAGCACUGUUGCACAAUAUUAUUUGUUGUCGGAGCUUGUAGCACAGAAUGGAAUUAGCCUUUGUGGAGCUAAAUGAGCUAACAGCAGUUAUUUGGUCAAUGUUUCCGAGGUUAAAGCUUUUAAAUGCUCAUGGUUAAGUAGCAUAAGACGAGUCCACACUCCGAGUUUGUGAGACUGUGCGGAGAAGACCACAUCGUCUGCGGACACCACCUGUAAGUCCUAUUCAGCUGAGGACCAACAGUCUGGAGACAGAGUAGAACAUAUGAAGGUUGCAAACGAGGAUUCUGAAAAGGAGAAUCCCAGGGAUGUCUGAGAUGAUGAAGGUUGAAGCAGAUGAGCCUGGAGGGUUCAGCAUGGAUCCCCACAUACCUGCAGCAUCCACAUCGGAACUAGAGGAAAUACAAGACAGCAAAGAUCUCAUCCAACAGAUAUUGGUGAUUAAAGAAGAGGUUCCCCAUGAAUGGAGUUCAAGUUUGGAUUCGGAGACGUCGCACAAACAGGAGGAAUUGGAGGAACUGUGGACCAAACAGGAGGACCAGCAGAUCGUUGUGAAGAUGGAGGAUGAAGAGAAACCUCCGUUUUCAGAGCUUCAACAAAUCAAAACUGAAGACAGCAGAGUGUCAGAAGCUCAAGCCAGCAGUUCAGCUGUAAAGAUUAAAGCAGACCCUGAUGGAGGGAAAUGUGUAGAACCAGAACCAGACAGAAAACCUGAUCCAGUAUGUUCUUCUCAGGAAAGUAAGAUGGCAGUUCACAAAAAAAGUAAAACAUCCAAACCACGUUCCAAACGUACAGCUCAGAUUGAAGUUAACGCGGGAGAGAAGCUGUUUGGUUGCAAUAUUUGUGGCAAAAGACUCAGACAUAAUACUCAUGUUAAAUUACACAUGAUGAUUCACUGUGGAAAGAGAGAGCAUAAAUGUGACAUUUCUACCAAAGCAUCCAAAGAAAAGCGUUCUCCCCAGACGCACAAGAGAGUCCGCACUGGAGACAAAGCAUUUGCGUGUGAGGACUGUGGUAGAAAGUUUCAUGCAAGGAAAUUGUUUCAGCAGCAUCUGAAGGUUCAUUCAGAAGAAAAACCUUUUUCUUGUGAUGUCUGUGGUACAAAAUUUAAAAGAAAGGAAACACUUAAAAACCACACAAGGAUUCACACUGCAGAGAAACCAUUUGUUUGUAGUGUUUGUAGUAAAGGCUUUUCACAACAGAUUCAUCUCAAAAGUCACAUGCGUGUUCACACUGGAGAGAAACCGUUCACCUGCAGCUUUUGCAGUAAAGGAUUUGCAUUACAAGAGAACUUAAAGAGACACAUCCGUGUUCACACGGGAGAGAAAAUGUUUGUUUGUAGUUUUUGUAGUAAAGGAUUUUCACUGCAGCAAAAUUUAAAGAGUCACAUGCAUGUUCACACUGGGGAGAAACCGUUUAUCUGCAGUAUUUGCAGUAAAGGAUUUUAUCAACAUGGAGUGCUGAAGAGACACAUGCGUGUUCACACAGGAGAGAAACCGUUUAUUUGUAGCGUUUGUGGAAAAGGAUUUUCGCUGCAAGAGAAUCUAAAGAGACACAUGCAUGUUCACACUGCAGAGAAGCUAUUCAUUUGUAGUAUUUGUAGCAAAGGAUUUUCACAACAGGAUACUUUAAAGAGGCACAUGUGUGUUCAUACGGGAGAGAGACCGUUUAUUUGCAGUGUUUGCAAUAAAGGGUUUUCGCAACAUCAUCAUCUGAAAAAACACAUGGAUGUUCACACUGCGCCAUUUAGCUGCAGUGAUUGCGGUAAACAUUUUUUGAAGGAAAUCCAGUUGGAGCGACAUGUAAAAGUUCACACAGAGGAGAGGCCCUACGGAUGUGAUGUCUGUAAAAGCAGAUUUAUUCAGAAGUGUCAUCUUGACAACCACAUGAGAGUCCAUUCAGGAGAGAAACCGUUUGUUUGUGAUGUUUGUAGUAAAGCAUUUUCACAACAAGAUCGCCUAAAGAGACACAUGCGUGUUCACACAUGCGAAAAACCGUUUGUUUGUAAUGUCUGCAGUAAAGCAUUUUCACAACAAGGGAAUCUGAAGAGACACAUGGGUGUUCAUGAGGGUUGCACAUAGUGAAGGAAUGUAGAAUCUAGGAGAAAUAUCAAAAUAAAAAAUAUCGGGAGGGCUAAAAUCUCUUAACAUGAUCAAAAAAUAAUAAUGAUUAGAUAAGCCAAGAGCAGAUAAAUGUGGUCUAUUCAGAAUGCCUGCCUUUGUCAUGGAGUGGACAAUAUGGUAUUAAAAUGAAAUCUUGGUAGUUCAAGAAAAGACAUGCUGACAAGCAGACGGCGGACAUAAUGUGGACAUGUACAAGUGGGCCAAUAUCAACAAACAAGCAGCUUCAUGUUAUAAGUCAGUGGUUUUUACUGUCUAUAUAAAAAAAUGCAAUUUAACUAAAGGUGAUGCAUAGGUCUAUGUAUUGUCCUGCUGGUACUGUGGCACUGGCGCAGUUUGCACCAGAUGAACAGCAUACACUAUUAUCAUCUUGGGUGAUUAUUAUUAUUAAAACUGAGUGUCUAUAAGCAUGUAAAUAAACCGGCAGACUUCCUGGCAUUACUCUAUAGUUUUUAUGGUUGUAAAUAGAGACUGAUACAAACAAAUAACUACAUGACUGAAUUGAAUUUUGCUUGUAAUAAACUCAAGAAAAACUUUUAUAUGAAGUGAGCAGAGGAGGGUAGAGAACCCAAAACUUGUACUCAAAUAAGAGGAAGACUAAUUUAUCAAAUUUCUUUUCAAGUAAAAGUAUACAUUCAAGUAUACAUCUGUUAAAGUAAAAGCUGCCCUUACUCCUUUUUCUGUUGGUUAGAGAUCCCCAGGAGAUCAGUGGUAGCAAUGGUGCUGGCAAAAGCAAACUGAUCUUGAUAAAUAACAUUUUUAUAUCAAGUGAAAAUUUAGACCGAUAUUAUACAGCCUUGUGUUGCCCAGAGUCUGCUCCGUAAAAUUUCAAAGUAUACUGGGAACAAACCACUGUAGUGGAAGUAAUAGAUGCAAGUAUAAAGUUGAAAAGUGUGCAAGUGAGUUCUUUUUCUAAAUGUAAAAUGUGAACAGUUGUAAGAAAUUUUUGAUUAGUUCUGGUUGAUGAACAUUCAGAUGUUCAGAUCUACAAAUAUUUAAAAUUCCAUCAUGUCUGGUUAUCGCACCAUCAAAUCAGCCUCUGAUGUUUGAUUUCUGUUCUUCUCUGGUAUGUUUUUAAUCGAGGCCACUAGUUAUUGUGCUGCGGAAAAACCAUUGAAGUGCUAUGAAUUAUGUAUCUCUGUAAAAUAAACUUUCUUCUUUUUGUCUGUUUUUA